AUGGUGCGGGGACUGGAGGAGCGGAAGUGCGAUUUGGUGCUGCAGCUGGAGAGCCGCAGCGCGAACUCGAAGCUGCGAAAUUCGGCGCUGAAGGCGCUGAAGAGAUUUCCGCCGGCGCCGCGCAAAGAACUCGACGCGGAGUUCGAGGCCCGCAGCUGCAGCUUCAAAAAGAGUCCCCAAAUGCACUAUUUCAUGUGCUGGCGCUGCGACAAACCGAAGGCCACCAACUGCAAGGUCUUGUGGAGCACCAGCAAAGGCCUGCGGGUGAUCUGCCCGUCUUGCUACAACGCCCUGCUGGACCUCGUCGAACUCGAGCGCGCGAAGAGGGAAAACGCAAUUUAUUUCGACUUUCAAAAGAAAAGAUCGCAAAAAACCGACGCAAAAUAA